AUUUUUUGCCUUUGCUACAAGGCGAUUUUGCCAAACUCGGUGUGAGUUAUUCCGCUUCUCGCUUCGAUCGCUCGCUUAAGUGCAGAAAUCGAUCGACAUUGAGCUCAAGUCAAACGUCAAAACGAACAGGAAUUUAAAUGGCCUAAAUAUCAGAAUGGAGUGCUCGCUCGCGCUCUCAUUAGAACCGACUUGACUGAAGCGACCGAACGACUUUGUUGCCAACUUAUAAAUGUCAAUUUGCAUACUAGAUACAUAAUAGGUUGCAGUUGCAUGAACUCUCAAAAGUCACUGGUUCAUCAUCGUCGUGUUUUACGUUUUUUCCUGAGGAAAAUAAUCAAUCAGUCAAAGGCUCGAAAAUAAAAAACCAAAACCGAACAAUAUUAGACAAAAAAUUGUACAAAAAGUGAAAAAAUUGCUAAAUCGUGUUUUUCCCUUUUUCACUUUUUAGCAUUUUGCGGUUUGAAAAAUAGUCAAAAUAUUGGUAGUGCAAUAUGUAAAAACUUCGUUAGCUUGCGAUUAGACAGGAUAAGGUUGUUUUUGUUAAAUUGAAUUUUUAAUUUUAUUUACGGACUCAUCAGAAUUUAAAGGCACAAAAGCGUUAAAUUUAGCUCUAUACCUAGCUCCAUUAUUGCAUAACAUUUAAAUAGCUGAUAGGGCCAUUCCUACGUUCAAUAAUAAAAAAUUGAAUUUUUUUAUCAACUCAAAUCUCCUUACCACUGACAGCAAAAUGAAUUUUUGGCUGGUUUUUACACAUUUGUGGACUCAAUAUAAGUUAAAUUAUCGGCUGAAAUUAGGAAAUAUAUUAUAAGCACUCGACCUCUUAUUUGCUCAUUAAAAAAUAAUUUGCAGCGUUUAGUAAAAAUGUUAUGUUAUGCCCGAUAUAUAUGAUUUUUUAAUUUUAUGCUUAACCUUGUUUUUUUCUUUACGCUUUUAAGUUUUUCUAAAACAAGAAGCAAGGUUUUUUGAACCAUGGUAGAAGACGUCAAUGACUGAUAUUUUUUGCCUCAUUCACGUCAAGUGUCAAGUUUGAAUGGAUAUCAGCAGACAAGACAAAAAGGGCGCGCAUAGUAAACAUGCACAUAGUGAAUCACUUUGCCUUGCUUUGUAUGAGACACGAGAACAAACACAGACGCGCACGUGUUCCGUGUUCCCCGCAUUAAUUCGUUUCUAUGCGAAGGGCGCGAGGGGUGCUUACCGCGGAAUUACGCGGAUGAUCUAGAAAAACAUUUCGGCCUAAGGCGACUGAUGAUUUACGUUUUUCCUAUGUUGUAUUUAUACCCUGAAUUGAAUUAUUUCUUAUUCGCCGCUGCAACUCAACUAUCAAACGUGGCUGUAUUGAAUAACACUAACCAAUUAAAACUGAAACGUUUAAUGUGGAAAAGCGAUGAUGUCGAAAAGAAAUUAAUCUCUUCCUGAAAAGAUAUAUAUUUCAUAGCCAUGAAAGAAUUUAAUUCAAUUUCUCCCAAAAAGGCUACAAUCCUCUUUGCUUCUUUAUCAUAUUUAGGUAUUGGCAACAAAGUGGAAAAUUUAAAAAGAAAAUUACAAAUGUUUUCGUAUUUUCGUAUUAGAUAGUACAGAUAAAAACCACAACCGCAGUUAGUUAAGGAAACGACUUAAAAAAUCCAGUUGAUUGAAAGACCUCACGGUAUGUGUAUGUAUUUUCUUUAUUUUUUCCUCUUCCGUUGUUUCAAAAAAAUAAUGUCGCAAAUGAAAAAGUGGAUUUAGUGUGGAGCCAUAUUAAUUGUAAUUUCUAGCGUUUAUAGAUCCCCUUGCUUAAGGUCUAUAACUGUUUUUGAAGCAUUUAUAAGCAUUAACAUUUUUAACAAUGGUUUGUAUUCUUCUGGAUGGCUGAAGCGGAGUAAUUCAAGGUUUUCCAACUAUUAUGUCGUGUGGAUUCAAGUAGUAAACACAUUUUUUCAACCUCCUGCUCGGCACUAUUGGAAAAUAUUUAAAUUUUAAAUUUUUUAGCUUUCUCACAGUAAGCAAAUGAUAAUCAUCUGGGGAGAGUACUGAUCAAACCAAGCCUGACACCCAAUAAUCUAAAUUUCUCACUCAAUGACAAAGAUAGUAUGUUAAUCUGAGAGAAUGAGUGUGCCUCUCUCCAUCAUUUAAAGUGUCCUUUUAAUAAUUAACAACGAGAGGGUGGUCUUUGAUUCUCCACGGAUGUUCCUUUUGUGAAAUUCAUCCCUCUCCAUGCCGGGGGUGUUAAUGAAGCGAGUUUUGUUAUUGAGUUGUAAUUGUUGCGGGGCCGAUCACACAGCGUGAAGUUGCCCAUCGUGUUUGCACCUUUCCUCUCUCAUAGCGGGAGCAGCUGCACUUGGCUAUCAUCAGCUCUGCCGGGGGGAUGAAAUCCGCGUGUAUCUCGGAUGUGCACCCCACUUUUCAGCGCGCAUGCAAUACUGAAAAGAUGGACUCUCGAUUGCUCACUGAUUGUCCCGCGUCGCACUCCAUUAAAGGCCAAUUAUCUGAUAGCUACCGCACGGUGCAAUGGAAAUUGAGACGGUUUUGUUGUGGCUAUCGCACUCGUAGUAUUUUUUUCAACAGGGAUGAUGGUAGCCCUGCUUGAAUAAAUUUAAUUUAUUCUGAAUCAUCAAAAAAUAUUGAGAGAUUUAAAAAUAUUUUUCUUCUAAUCUUUAUUUUUGCGUGGAAAAAAUUGUUUGUACUUUUUGAAAACUUUGGUGAACUAAAGGAAAUUCACUCUUGUAAUGAAAUUUUUAAUGUAAUACUUAAUGUUCAGAAGUUAUUUUUCCUUUCUUUUAAAAAAAUGAUGUUAUGAUAUUUUUAAUCUUUCCGACACCUUUGCUCAGUUGAAUCAAGUUUAGCCAUGCAGGUACAGCAAAGCAUUUUGCGAUAACCACAAUUCUUUUGGCUUAGUGGCAAUUUGUUGGAAAAAGCGCAAAAACGAAGGUCUAAUCGAUGCACAUUAUCUUAAAUUUGUCUUGAAAAUUAUAAAUGAUCAAAUAAACUACUCUAAAAUGAAUUGUAAUUUACUCGAUUUUGCUAGGAAAGGCAUAAAAAUGAAUUGUGUUGAGCCUGCUUUAUAUCAAAGUGUUUUUACUCACGUUAAUCGUCAAAGCAAGGUAAUCCAUUUUUUUGUUUAACAAAUAACUAGGUAAAACACAUCGUUUAAAAUAAUACAACUUAUUUUUAACUUGUUUAUUUGCCCUUCAAUUUACGCUUCUUACCUGCUCUUACACAAUACAGUUUCAAAAUAAUAAUACUUCCUAGCAUGGAUUUCAAGCAAAAUAUCGUCUGCCAUUGAGUUUGCUAUCACAUUUAGCUCAGCUGAGCUAACACGCGUUUCUAUAUUGUAGGUAGAGGUCAUCAUAUUAAUACAUUAGCUAAUAUUGCUGCUGCACCGUUGAUAACGGCGUGUGUUUCAUUCCAUACAAACACAAUACCGCACAUUAUAUUAAUUUGUUAUCGCUCACACAAUCAGAAAAGAUGUGCCGCUUGCUUUAUUAAAUGUCAUAAAUUAUGUGUUCUGUUUGUUCAGACUUUAAUAGGGCAUGUUUUCACAUUGAUUACGACCAGAUUUUCACUGUGAACUAAACGGAAUGCUUCUAAAAUGAUAAAAAUUGCUCAAUCACUGCGUGAAGCCAUGUUCCACUUCUUUGGUCCUAAAUGAGAAAAAAAAAAUUUAAAAGUGGGAAAUCGAGCAGGUAACAUACUAUAAGGUAUAGUAAUUUAGUAUUUAGUUUUUUACUUUAGCAAGUCAUUCCACCUCAAGGAACUGCAUUAAGUGAAUAAAAAAGGUUCAGAAAUCUAGUCCUAGCUGUUUGCAAAAAAAAAAUACGAAAUUUGAUUUGUAUUGCUCAAACUUAAUUCAGUUUUGAUUUUAUUUGCUAUAUUUUAGACAGUAAAAUAAUUGCUAUAAGCAUUAAGUUUUGAAUGAAGUACUUGGGGUCCAAAGAUUCAGAUGAGGCAGACAAAAAUUAAUUCCACUCCCGGACUUAAUUUAAACUGAAAUUUUUUAAAGAAAUUGUAACUGGGUUUUAUUUUUGCUCAGUUAGACGGUCAAAAAAACGUACGGGGUUAAAAUGCAGCGGCAGCGAUUCGGGUGGAGCUCCACCAUCGCCACGCCUCUCGAAGGCGCAUGCACCUCUGCCCGCCCGCCGUGCACCCUCGGCGCCGGGGGUGCGGAUCUCCGAGUUUGGCUCAGUAGCGGCGGAGGACCGCACGAAUCGGCCGCGGUCGCGAGUGGCUCAUGUGAACAGAAAAGUGCGCUGCGGACAAGCCGAGACCAUGUUCAGCAUGGAGAAUUUGGACAUGGAGCACCGGACGUACGGCAUGGACACCUUUGACCUGAUGGAAGCUGCACUGUACGCCGAGACCACCUCCAGCAGCAACUCGAGCUGCAGUGCUGCCUGCGUCUCCAACUUUAUCGACGACUACAGUGACCAGGAGAACGCGUGCAUGGUUCGUCGUCGUCUGCGCAAGCGCAAGUGUCCGCAGCAGCAAGUUCAGCAGCGCCAGGCAGCGAACCUGCGCGAGCGCAAGCGCAUGCAGAGCAUCAACGACGCGUUUGAGGGCCUGCGCGCGCACAUCCCCACGCUUCCGUACGAGAAGAGGCUGUCCAAGGUGGACACUCUGCGACUCGCCAUUGGCUACAUCAACUUCCUCACCGAGCUGGUGCGUGCAGACAAAGCAAACGCUGCCAAUGCCGAGAACGGGACAAACGCGAACGGACAGACGGUCACCGGGCUCACGCUGCCCGUCAAGGAAGAGCCCAAAAAAAUCAUUAUCAGAGGGAUCGGAUCGGUUCAACAUUCGCUGUCGUGGACGAGCGACCGAGAACGCAACACGCACGGAAUCAUGUUCGCAAAAGUCUGGACGCCCGAAGACCCAAGAUCAGUGCCCAGCGUGCCCGGAGCGCCUUCCAAGCACGGCCAUCCAUCGCAUUUACAAGACUAUGGUGUUGACUGAACGCUUUGUGACGAAACCCUCUGGUCGAAAAAUGAUAACCGCGGAAACUAGUCGUUUGCUGUGAAUAAAUCAUGUAAAAAAAUUGUAUUUAAAUGCUGUUAUAAAACUGAAAACUGUAUGGAUCUCAUUUGCAUUUUUAUCAAUAAAUUAAGAAGGAUAAAUCAA